GGGCUAUGGUCUGUAGCCACUCUGACUUUAUCUUAAAUAUUUUGUGCGCCAAAAUCUCCGUUUGAAGACUGCGAAGCAAUAUGAUUCACCUAUUAAGGUCUUCAACUCCAGUACAUGGUCCAAUACAUCGUAGCCAAAGUCUUAACCCACGCGGUUUCCUCGCACCUCGCUUAUGCUACUGACAAUGAUACGGAUCCGAAAUUACGUAGCGAUCUUGCCUUCAACUUCCAACCGCCAUGUUGAAUCCUCAUGCACCUUGUGGUCGAAGUAUCUUCGACAUCCUCCCAGUGGAAUUGCUUGCUUUAAUCAAAGAACACAUACCAGUAUCUGACCUAAGAACUCAUAUUUGUUUCUACAAAGCAUCUUCACGAUUUGCUGCGCUCUAUGGCGACGAGGAUCAAGAAGAAGCCUUUUGGGAAUCGUCGUGUAUACUCUCCGGUUUAGGAUAUAUCGAGGAUGAAGACUUGAACGCGACACCGUGGAAGGAGGUCGCCUUUGACUGUAUUGAAAAAGACGGGUUCUGUGCUCAUCCGCAGUGCGGAGGUGCACGACUAGAAUGGAACGCACGCCAAAUUGCCGCCACGAUGGACUUACCUGGUAAACCCUCCUCGCCGGAUGUUCAGAAACGAAUUCUUGGUCUAGAGCCAAAUCACCGUCCAAACCUAACUUCCAAUCCAGUAAUCAAAGGUCUUACCUUCACGCAUAAGCCGCGUGGUGACCUCGAUGACGAUGAUGCCUUCAAGAAUGAGGCAUACCUGGAUCAUUCUCAAGAAGAAGGCGUUGAUUCCAAAGUCCAUCAUCCACCUGAACUUGAAUGGCAUCGGCAUCCAAUCGCUCGACGUAGCUUCGCUGUAUUUCCGCUUGUGACGCGCCUGUGUAUCACGAAUUAUCCAGACUUUGAGUCUACAACUUGCUCUAUUGUAAGCCAUUGCGGACUCACUAUGGACGAUAUAGUACGAGACAUGCAUAAUUCGAUGGAUAGGCUCAUGUCUUUGACUGAGAUUCAGUCCCUACUGGGAACAGUCAGCGAUCUCAAUGAGGUAUUUCCUGACGCUGUGCGCUUCCUGAGCGUCCUGGAUCGCCUCAACACGAUGCGAGGCAUUCUGUACUUCUUCAUACCGAAGUGUCUCCGCUUCGGGGGCUGGCAUGGAUGGAUUGAGGGACCGGAAUUCGAGUUUGAAUACCAACCAGCGCGCACCUACGAUCGGGACGUUGGAGCAUAUGGCCCAUGGUAACAUGCUUGUGUUCGUCUGGGUACCUGAUAGAUGAAUCACUAGAGCCUAGUUCGCCGAUGUACGCGCACGCCAGGUAGAAGAUUCAAUAUAUCGGAACAUC